AGAACCUGAAGGAAAAUCGCUUGGUGGAGGCUUGCCAGCAGUUGCUCUUGCGAGAGGACAAGCUAUUUGGCCAAGAAACCAUGACGAUAGAGGGGUUGGUUCAGGUUUGCAAUGAGGACGAUAAAGACACGCUCCAAAAAGAUUAUGAAACCCUGCUGCUCCACUUAUGGAUGGCAGUUCACACCACCUUUAGUCCCACACCCUCAGGAGAACACCUAGAGAUACUUCGGAGUGCGGUGGAAACCAUAACGCUGCUGGAAGAGAAGGACCAGCAAUGGGAAGGGCGGCCCGAGGGCAGCAGCGAGGCCCCCGUGUGGCGGCCACACCAGUGCCGGCACACCCACGACAACCUGCUUGAAAAAAUGGUAGAUUCUCAAAUGAGGAAUGCGACAGUGGAGGAGGACAAUAUUAGCGUUAGCAGUGUGGACAACCUGUCAACGUCCAUGAAAAGGGAGGUAUGUAGGAUGGGCAAGCGUCUGAAGGAGGACGUUCUCAGGGUGGCCAGGGACAUAAGGGACUGCUACCCCCCAGACUUUGACGUGUGCAACUUGUAUGUGAGACUUUACCAUCAGAAGUUCUCAGCAAAGUUAACAGAACUGGCCCGCUCUGGGCUCGAUGUGGAUGACUGUAACUACCUCCUCUGCUGGGUGAACAAUUACUAUCCAAAUGACAUCUUAAAACACAAAGACCUUGAGGGGCACAUCAACAUGGAGUCUUUGGGAACUCUUUUAUCUGAGAAGGAUCUCACAACAUUGGAGGAGCAGUAUCUACUUCAAAAAGAGAGUAGAGUCAGGACCUGGUUCUCCAAGGCUCUCAGUCAGGAGGAGGAGGGUUGGCUCAGUGGAAAGAGUCCAGAACUCAUUGAUGGGUACUGCUUCUGUCCUCUGGCCAUUGACAUCAUACAGGCUGUUGAUGGGGCCAUAAGAGAGGCCAGGACUAUUCUGGGCAGUGAGGCUAAAGCCCAAAGAAUCCUUUGUCAGCUGGAUAGCUUCUUGAUAAGCUAUAAGAGCUCUCUUGAAGAAUUUGUGAAGAGAACAGGGGAGAACACUCAGGCAGUCGUGAAAGCUAACCUGGUUAGCAUCGAACAAUUCAGAGACUUCAUAGUGAGAAGAGAGGAGUCAAUCCCAGAAGAGAUCAGGACAAGCUGUAUGUCCACAUUGGCAGACCUGAGAGACUGUGGCUAUGGAUACUUCACCCGCCCCAUACAUGAGGAGCUCAGGGUGCAGUACCAUAGGCUGUGGACACAGGCCUGGUUUACUGGGGGUCAGAUGGUACUGGAUGAAGUUCUGGGGACACUGGACAGACACAUGCAGCAAUUCACAGACCUCAAAUCCAUUUGUAUGGAGGAGCUGCUGGGCCGGCUGCACAUGGAGAUGAUGGUGGAGUAUGUGAAGAGGAUGAUGAAGAGGAAGAUGAGGCUGAAGGACAAGGAGCAGCAGGAGGCAGCAGCCAAAUUACUGGCUGAAGACAGCAGCAAACUGAGCACCUACUUUACUGAAGCGGGGUCCAAAAUAAGCUGGCUGAGUGAGGUCCUCCCUAAAAUGGCGGAGGUGGUCAGACUGCAGGACCCAGGAAGCAUCCAGCUGGAGAUCGUCACCCUGGCUAGGGACUUCCCAGACCUUAGUUGGAGACAUAUUUCGGCUCUGCUUUCCCUCAAAGCCAACCUAUCCACUGCUGAUGUCCGCAGCAUCAAAGAGAGCCUGGUAGAGAACCGGCCCACGGUCACCACCUGCAAUACCAUCCCACCAUUCUUCUCCAAGGUCCCAGCGGGCAAAACUUGGAACAUGUGCAGACCAGCGUGCAUCUGUUAUGGGGGAAGGGGGUAUUCAAGCCAGGAUUAGACAUUGGGCUAUCUACCCAUUUUGUCGCUCCUCUCGAAUGGCUACAAUGAUACUGUAUGCACAUUCACUUUGCAAGUCUACUCUUGUGUAGGUGAGUGUACAAGUGGAAGGGGAUAGAUGUCUAUGUGUGGGUGGGGACAUGUGCAUCCCACAAUUGUGAUUAAAUAAUAUCUGCUUGCCUAAAUGUUGAUUUUCUAUUAGCGGUUCCUUUGUCAAAGGUCGCUAUCUUUUUGGAGGAAGUUCUAUUAAAUCUAAUGUGAAAGGAAUUAAGGCAUUAGAUAAAAUAUAUAUACAGUGCCUUCGGAAAGUAUUCAGACCCCUUGACUUUUUCUACAUUUUGUUAAGUUACAUUACAUUUUUUCCUC